GUCGAAAUCAGGUUUUGCUUUUACGUGAAAAGAUACCGACGAAUCCUGGACGGCCGCUGGCUAAACCAGUGAAGGAAAGAACCGGCGAGGCUCAGAGAGCGACGUCACCAAAGAGUCUACUCCCCAGUUUGCAGAUAAGAGACCGACACGGCGAUGGGCUGCUGCUUGUCCCGAGAGGACGACCGCUUCGACAGCGGAAAUGAGGCGCUGCUGCCCAAGGGCAGGAACGGCAACAAACGAGUAGAGAAGUCGGUUGACACCAAGAAAGAAGGCGCCAAUGGCAGCUACAAGUCACCGUCGGCUGUCAUCGCUGCCGGAGACGCCAGUUCCAAGGUUCCGGCUAAACCACAGCCUUCCAAGAAGCCAGUGGAGAGCGUCGACCUACUGGGACUUAACGACAAGCCACCAACACCACUGGCUGCACCAGUGAUCAAGGCCCCCUCGCCUGCAAAGCCAGUAGAAACCCCUUCACCACCCAAACCUGCAGCACAGACACCAUGUCCACCGGAGCCGGCAGCAGCUCCAGUCGUAAAGCCGGAGUCGCCACCAAAGCCAACGGAAAAAGAGCCGUCGCCGCCUAAACCAGCGACCAAAGAGCCGUCGCCGCCCAAGCCAGCGGCCAAAGAACCAUCACCGCCUAAGCCAGUGACGAAGGAGCCGUCGCCACCUAAACCAACACAGACGCCCCCAUCGAAACCGGAAGAAUCGGCACCAGCAAAGCCGGCAAAAACAUCCCCGCCCAAGCCAUCGCAGCCAUCACCGCCCAAGGAGAAGACGACACCGAAGACGUUGCCGAAGAAGCCAAAUGAGGCAGAAGAAGAGGAGGAGAGUUUGGUGGCGCCAGCGUUCACGCCCGUGUCCGUCAAUGCAGAAGAAGCCGACAAUGACGACGAUAAUGACGAUGAUAACGACAACGACGGAGAUGACAACGGUGACAACGAAGGCGACAAUGACGAAGCGAAAGACCAGCCCAAGGAGCCAAAACCUAAGAAGAUCACUCCCACGAAGAAGUCGAAGAAGAAACGAAAGAAAGGAAAGAAGUAGACGCCGUCGCUACUUCCCUUAAGCUUAUCAGCCGGUCAGCUUUUGCGGACGUAAAAUGCUCGAAGACAGUAGUUUGGUUGUCCGAAGCUUGGGGGUCGAGUGAGACGACAGCUGAGGGUCUCGCUCCUCUGUCUAGCUGCUCUUGUUAAUGAAAACAAAUGAGCGAAUUUAGCCAAGAGACAA